AUGGAAGAGGUGCAAGGAAAAGGCUUCCAAAGGAUAUCUGCAAGUUCUAACAGAGAAGCCCAUGCUGAGGUUGACAUGCACCACAGAGACAAAUUAGAGAAGCAAAGAAGGAAGGUUUUAUCUGCACAUUCAUUCAGAGACCUUUCAUCCCGGGAACCACCAUUGACACCAGGAACCAUAGCCUCACCACCUUCAAUUCACCAAGUUUCUGAAGAAGUACAUAGCCCAAAAAAACUACUGGCACCAAAGAGUCCUCAUGCAGACAAGAAGGAGGUGGAGGAAUUCAAGUCCUGGCGAAGAAGAAAUCCUCCAAAGCACCCAAUUCCUCUCCCUGAGCACUACAAGAGAGGUGCCGUUCCCCGGUAUCUGAAGAAGAGGAAAGAAGAAAUCAAAGCAGAGAUUGCUGCAGCACAGCAUAUUGAGGAUUCAGAUCUUUCAGGGGCUAUUCCAGAGAAGGAAAGAUUAGAGACCCUUCAAAAGCUCAUUCAGAAGGAGGCAGAAGUGGAACGUGCUCUGGCAUCCCUGCCUCUGAGCAUUGACACCCUCAGGGUGAAGAAGAAACGACAGGAAUUGGAACACCAACUGACCAUCUUGGAUGAGGGAAUUCGACUCUUUUCUCGAUCUAAAGUCUUCCUUAGGAAUAACAUGAAGCAACAGGAUUGGGAAUUCUACAAGAAUAUGAAAAUUUCCUGUGAUUGAGAAGGGAACCAGUCCAUCAUUCCCAGCCCCUAAAUAUGAAAUGAAUGAAAUAUUAUUUGUGUUGUUACCUGAUUUGAUAUUGUUGUGACUUCAUGAUCCUGACAAUGCCACCUUGUAUGAGCUUGCAAAAAAAAAUCCAUUGGAUAGUGUUGACC